CUGGUCAAGUUUGUGCCGGAGGAGCGCAUGCGGGGGCGGCGCGUGGCGGUGGUGUGCAACCUCAAGCCCGCCAAGAUGCGGGACGUCAUGUCGCACGGCAUGGUGCUGUGCGCCUCCAACGACACACACGACCAGGUGGAGCCCAUUGACCCGCCAGAGGGGGUGCCGGUGGGGGAGCGCAUACGCUUCGAGGGGUACACCAAGGAGCCCGAGGCGCAGCUCAACCCCAAGAAGAAGCAGUUUGAGAAGAUUGCGCCAGACCUUCGGGUGGAUGCAAACGGCGUGUGCGUGUAUCGCGGCGUGCCCAUGCUGACCAGCGCUGGACCCGUGACCGCUUCCAUCCCCAAUGCUUGGAUCAAGUGA